CACGCGCGCAGCGAAAACAAACAAACCUUUCCGGAAUUAACUUAUUAUUCGGGGCAUUUAAUCGGCUUUUUAAAUCUCGCUGGCAGUUUGGCGUGCGUGCUGACACGUCUUUUUCUUCUUCUUCUCUCCCCCCUCACUGAUUUGAUUGGGCAUGUGACUGAAUUAUUCGCUCACAUGGCUGUGCUGUGCUGUGCUGCAUGAUCCGCUUUAGUUUUUAAAGUCCAGUGAUCGGUCUCCCUCAGUAAAGCAGCCACCGUCCCGGAGAAGAGGACCACUGGAAAACACACACACACUCACUCUUACUCACACACACACUCACCCUUACUCACACACACACAUCCACAUACACACAUAUACACACAUCCACACAGCGCUUUUCUGGACAUAAUCAUGGCGAACAGCGGGCAGAAAGUUGUGCUGAUCACCGGUUGCUCCUCCGGCAUCGGGUUACGAAUCGCCGUGACGCUGGCCAAAGAUGAAAAGAAGCGUUACCAUGUUAUCGCCACCAUGCGAGACCUGAGGAAGAAAGACAAGCUGGUGGAGGCAGCAGGGGACACGUACGGGAAGACCUUGAUGUUGCUCCCGCUGGAUGUGUGCAGCGAAGAGUCCGUCAAGCAGUGCAUCAACGACGUGAAGGACCGCCAUAUUGAUAUCCUCAUCAACAAUGCAGGAAUAGGUCUGCUGGGUCCUGUGGAAAGCAUCAGCAUCGACGAGAUGAAGAGAGUGUUUGAGACCAACUUCUUUGGCGUGGUGCGCAUGAUCAAGGAAGUGAUGCCUGACAUGAAGAAGAGGCGGUCAGGCCACAUAGUGGUCAUGAGCAGUGUGAUGGGUCUACAAGGAGUUGUGUUCAACGAUGUCUACACUGCCUCUAAGUUUGCCAUGGAGGGCUUCUGUGAGAGUAUGGCUGUGCAGCUGAUGAAGUUCAACGUUCGGUUGUCCAUGAUUGAGCCUGGCCCGGUGCACACCGAGUUUGAGACCAAAAUGAUGGAGGAUGUGGCCAACAUGGAGUAUCCGGGAGCAGAUACAGACACAAUUCGCUAUUUCAAAGAUGUUUACCUGCCGUCCUCCAUAGAUAUAUUUGAAGCCAUGGGUCAGACCCCCGAAGACAUAGCCAAGUGCACUAAGAAGGUGAUUGAGUCGAGCAACCCUCGCUUCAGGAAUCUAACCAACAGCCUGUACACACCCAUCGUGGCUUUGAAGUACGCGGACGAGACGGGCGGCCUGUCGGUCAACACCUUCUACAACCUGCUAUUCAACUUCGGCCCGCUCAUGCACAUCACCAUGAGCAUCCUCAAGUGCCUGACGUGCAGCUGCCUACGUGGGCGCACCAUCUCCCCCAACUGAAGGGGGUCUGCCCACAGUCACAGAGCUCCCAAACCGGCGAGCUGUGCACUGUGCAUCCUGCUCCGAACUACCCCCACCACCACCCCACCCCACCCCACCCCACCCCAAACCCCUAAUCCCAUGUCCCUCAGGUUAUGGGCUAACCGGGUAGACUAGAACUGGUAGCCGGAGGGGGCAAGAGGGGCCUCUUUGCUCAGAGGAUGCUACCAUGAUAAGCUUUGCCAUACAACACGCACAAUUGCACAAUUAUAAUUUCUGUUUCUUUUUUCUUUUUUUUUUUGCAGACAUAUUUUAUACAGAAUGACCUCAUGCACUCUUGUGCAAACACACACACAAACACACACACACACACACACACACACACACACACA